AUGAGACGCCUGACGAGAGCUUCGCCCGCCCCGCGCGGCCCCCGCUGUCUCGCCCGGACAGCGGCAGGCUCUCCGUCCCCCCACAGCGCCCGUCGAAGCUUCGCAGCAACGGCCCCGCGAUGCACCGACCAGAGGAGGAAAUGGACGACGCCGCUGGCCAAGCAGCUCUCUGAAGCAAUCUCGACCACAGGCCCCGUCCCCCUGGCCAGCUACAUGCGCAUGUGCCUGACGGGCGACGUGGGAGGCUACUACAGCGGCGCGCUGCUCGGGCGCGAGGGCGGCGGGCGCGACCAGUUUGGCGCAAAGGGCGACUUUGUCACGUCGCCCGAGAUCUCGCAGGUCUUUGGCGAGCUCGUCGGCCUGUGGCUCGUCGCCGAGUGGAUCAGCCAGGCGCGUCCCUCCCGCGGCGUCCAGCUCAUCGAGGUCGGGCCCGGCCGGGGCACCCUCAUGGACGACAUGCUGCGGACGAUAUCGAGAUUCCCCGCCAUGGCCGCCGCCAUCGACUCCGUCUUCAUGGUCGAAGCCAGCCCGGACCUCAGGGAGGCGCAAAAGACGCUGCUCUGCGGGCCCGACGCCCCCUGCACAGAGUCCCGCGUCGGCCGCCACAGCACCGGCAAGCGUCUCGGAACCCCUAUUGUCUGGACAGAGACCAUCAAGUCGAUACCGAUCGAGGCCGACAAGAUGCCCCUGAUUGUGGCCCACGAGUUCUUUGACGCUCUCCCCAUCCACACCUUCCAUUCCCUGGCCCUGGAGUGGCGUGAAAUGAUGGUCUCGCCGACGUCUCCUGCCGCCAUCGACUCCGCCUCCAAAUCCGGGGCCGAGCCACUUGCCGAGUUUCAGCUUAUCCUGUCGUCUGGAACCACGAGACACUCCAGAUAUCUCCCCGAGUCGUCACCCAGAUACCGCAAGCUCAAGCAGACGCCCGACGCCGUCAUCGAAAUCUGCCCCGACGCAUCGCUGCACGCUGCCGACUUCGCAACCCGCAUCGGCGGCUCACCCAAGCACCCGAAGCCCGAUGCCAAGGGCGCCGCCCUCGUCCUCGACUACGGCACCGCCGACACCGUCCCCGUCAACUCCCUCCGCGGCAUCCGCCACCACCGCCUCGUCAGCCCCUUCUCCAGCCCGGGCCUCGUCGACCUGAGCGCCGACGUCGAUUUCACCGCUAUAGCCGAGAGCGCCACGCGCGCCAGCCGCGGCGUCGAGGUCCACGGGCCCGUUCCGCAAGCCGAUUUUCUCGAGCUCAUGGGCAUACGUGAGCGCACCAAAAUGCUGACCCAAGGUGCGGAAACGGGUGCGGCGGAAAACAUAGACAAGGCCUGGAGGCGUCUUGUCGACCGCGGCCCCAACGGCAUGGGCAAGGUGUACAAGGCCUUGGCUAUUCUCCCCGAGAAUGACGGGCGGCGGCGUCCCGUCGGCUUUGGAGGGGAUGUGCGGGUGUGA